CUCCCAAACUUUAUAAUUUGUCUCUCGCUCCCAAGCUAAUUUAAUAAGCUAAGCUAGUUUGAACUAACAGUACUAUAUUUAUUUUCAUUUUUCCUUCUAUAUAUGAUUUGGCUCGAUCUUUCAUUAAUAUAGAAUUCGUACGUAUAGCCCCUACAAGGCAAGACAGCCUUAUAUAUAUAUAUAAUAGCAUUUCAGGCAAUAAAAACAUCUAUCUAUCUCAGCAACUGAUUUGGUCUUAGGUUGACUAGCAAUUAAGCUGCAAUUAAUAAUAGAAUAGAAUUGGAAGUGAUGAUGAUGAUGAAGGAAAGUGGGAGAAAAGGGCAUGGUGGAGCUUCCCCAUGUGCAGCAUGUAAGUUGCUUAGGAGGAGAUGUACUCAAGAUUGUGUUUUUGCUCCUCACUUUCCAGCUGAUGAGCCCCACAAGUUUGCUAGUGUGCAUAAGGUUUUUGGUGCUAGCAAUGUCAACAAAAUCCUACAGGAAUUACCAAAGCAUUGGCGAAGCGAUGCAGUGAAUUCAAUGGUGUAUGAGGCAAAUGCUAGGGUUAGAGAUCCUGUCUACGGUUGUGUAGCAGCCAUUUCAUGCCUUCAAGAACAAAUUGACCAACUCCAAACACAGUUGGCCAUUGCGCAGGCUGAGAUGGUGCACUUGAGAAUGCGGCAGUUCUCAGCUAUGUCAAGCACCAGCUCCGCUAUGGACUCACCAGGAAACGCCAUUUACGACGUCAUUUGAUAUAGUUAGAUGUAGUUGGGCUAGAACUCUAAAGAUAUGCUCACAUAUAUGUCAUAUGUGUGUGUCAGUGUGUUGCAAGCUAGCUCGCAGGUCGCAAGGCUGAGUUGGUCAAUAUUUUAGCAUGCAAAGGCAGUUGACCAAGCCCCCUUUCUACUUUUGACCAUAGAAAAGUAAAAAUAAAGUCUUUAAAAGCAUUGUUUCUUAAUUUUGAC